GUCAAUCUGUCCACUUGUAAUCUUUUCACUGGAAAAAAUAAGGAGAUAUCAACUGACUGAAAUGAUGUUUUCGGAAGCAUAGAGUCUUCAGGAAGAUACUGGAGUUCAUGAGAUCUCAAGGUACAUGUGACAGCGCCGCAGCUAUGAGUGGAAUUUUAAAGAGGAAGUUUGAAGAAGUUGACGGCUCAUCACCCUGCUCCUCUGUGCGGGAAUCAGAUGAUGAAGUUUCCAGCAGCGAGAGUGCUGACAGUGGGGACAGUGUCAAUCCAUCCACUUCUAAUCAUUUUCCCCCUUCCUCCAUCCUCAAAAGGGAGAAGCGGCUAAGGACAAAGAAUGUGCAUUUUAGCUGUGUCACCGUGUACUACUUCACCAGGAGGCAAGGCUUCACGAGCGUGCCCAGUCAAGGGGGUAGCACCCUGGGCAUGUCCAGCCGCCAUAACAGUGUGCGCCAGUACACUCUUGGUGAAUUUGCAAGAGAACAGGAGAGGCUUCACCGGGAGAUGUUGAGAGAACACCUCAGGGAGGAAAAACUGAACUCUUUAAAACUAAAGAUGACCAAGAAUGGCACAGUGGAAUCUGAAGAAGCCAGCACUCUUACAGUGGAUGACAUUUCUGACGAUGAUAUUGAUUUAGACAACACGGAGGUAGACGAGUACUUCUUUCUACAACCCUUGCCAACAAAAAAACGGAGAGCACUGCUGCGGGCCUCUGGGGUGAAAAAGAUUGAUGUGGAAGAGAAGCAUGAGCUGCGUGCCAUCCGCCUAUCGAGAGAGGACUGUGGCUGUGACUGCCGAGUGUUCUGUGAUCCAGAAACGUGUACCUGCAGCCUGGCAGGCAUUAAGUGCCAGGUGGAUCGAAUGUCUUUCCCGUGUGGCUGCACUAAAGAAGGAUGUAGUAACACAGCAGGGAGAAUCGAAUUUAAUCCUAUCCGCGUCCGGACUCACUUUUUGCACACCAUAAUGAAACUCGAACUGGAGAAAAGCCGGGAGCAGCAGACGCCCGCGCUGAGCGGCGGCCACGGCGAGGCCGGCGCGCCCGGCGGCUCGGUGGGCCCCGUGGCGCACUCGGUCGAGUACUCCAUCGCCGACAACUUCGAGAUCGACGCGGAGCCGCAGGCCGCCGUGCUGCACCUGCAGUCGGCCGAGGAGCUGGACUGCCCGGGGGGGGACGACGACGACGACGACGACGACGACGGCAGCAGCUUCUGCAGCGGCGCCACCGACUCCAGCACGCAGAGCCUGGCGCCCAGCGAGUCCGACGACGACGACGACGACGACGACGACGACGAGGAGGACGACGACGACGACAAAGGGGACGGCUUCGUGGAAGGCUUGGGGACCCGCGCGGAGGUCGUGCCGCUGCCCUCCGUCCUCUGCUACUCCGACGGCAGCGCCGUUCGCGAGGGCCCCGCGAAGAGCGCCUCCUUCUACGCCAGCUCUCCGACGCUGUACUACCAAAUAGACAGCCACCUGCCGGGAGCGCCGCCCCCGGUGUCUGACGGCUACGCCGAGAGAGACGCCGUGAAGGGCGCCGCCCUGUCGCUGGUGCCUUACACCAUGACCCCGGAGCAGUUCGCCGACUACGCCAGGCAGGCGGAGGAGGCCUACGGCGCGGCGCCCUACCCCGCCGCCAGCCCGUCGGUCAUCGUGUGCUGCUCGUCCGCCGACGGCGACGGCGGCGCGCCCUGCGCUGGCCUCUACCCCGAGCCCAGGUCCGGCCAUGCGCAGGUGGACUUCCACUCCUACUUGAAAGGCCCCUCCCAGGAAGGCUUUGUGUCUACGCUGAAUGGGGACGGCCACAUUGCCGAGCACCCCGCGGAAAGUGCUUUGAGCCGGGCGGAGAAGAGCAGACUGCAUGACGAGUGCAUCAAACCCCCCGUGGUCGAGACGGUCCCCGUCUAGAAGCGCCCGGGACUCUAGGACCCGCCCCUCGUCCCCUCUUGAGAAGCACUGUCGUUAAUCGGCUUUCCUGGGGCCCCUGGGUGUUUCAACGCAGGA